CGGCCGCCGCUACUCUGUUUUCUGGCUCUUCUGUCUUCAUACCCGGAGAGUUAUACGAAUUUCGAUUGGAGGGGAAAUAUGCCACGGACGACGACGGUGGAGAGCCCUGGCUGCCCUCCGCUCAGAGCGCUAACCUUCGACGUUCUCGGCCUUGUUAAAGUUAUUGAGGCGAGUGAUGGGCAGAACGGAGGUGCUGCGAAGAUGGUCGAGAGGUGGGGCGACCCGGAUUCCUCGAAAUGCGUGCUUGCCGCUUCCAUGCUCGACCGAGAGUCAGACCCGCUGCUUGGUAUCGCACGGAAAUGUGGUUCAAUUGAGGUGAUUAGUGCUAUCAAUGGGGAUCUUCGUGCUCAUAUUCCGAGUUUAUGUCAAGCUGAAGAAGCGAGUUGUGAGGAUGAUGCCAUCACCAGAUUGCAUUUGUUCAAGAAACACCAAUCAGAGUCAUCAUCCAGGUCAUGUACAUUACUGACCUGCUCAACUAAAGGGCAUGCAAGCAUGGAAUCAAUUGAGUUAGGCAGAUCGCCGGAAGAUGCAAUCCAUGAUCGUUCUCCAAAAAAGUGGAAUGUGUGUGCGUCGGGUAAUAUUUUGUGUUCAAAGGUGGAUGAAAAUGAGAAUUAUGCUUUGUAUGGAGGGAAAAGUGUUGAAGUUAAUGUAUGGGAUCUUCAUGAAUGUGUUAAGAUCUGGACUGCAAAAUCUCCCCCUCAAAACAGUCUUGGCAUAUUUACCCCAACCUGCUUUACAUCUGCAACUUUUUUGAGCAAGGAUGAUCACCGCAAACUUGUUGCUGGAACUGAUUCUCAUCAGGUCCGUCUGUAUGAUAUUUCUGCUCAGAGAAGGCCUGUCAUGUCUGUUGAUUUUAGAGAGACCGCAAUUAAGGCUGUCGCUGAAGAUGUUGAUGGACGGACAGUAUAUAUAGGAAAUGGUUCAGGUGACCUUGCUUCCAUUGACAUUCGGACAGGUAUACUUUUGGGAUGCUUUAUUGGAAAAUGUUCUGGAAGCAUAAGAUCCAUAGCGAGGCACCCAGUGCUUCCUGUAAUUGCCUCAUGUGGGCUUGAUAGUUACUUGCGCAUUUGGGACAUAAAGUCACGACAGUUGCUAUCAGCGGUUUUCUUAAAGCAACAUCUAACCAGUGUUGUCUUCGAUUCCCAUUUCCGUAAUAAAGAAGUUGCUGGUUCUGUUCCUGAUCCGCAAAGUGUAAAUGAGGUAGAAUCACCUGAACAGGUAGCAAUAUGUACCAAAAGGAAAAAGUCGUCUAAAGAACAUAGUGGAAGUAAGAAGGUGAAAUCUAAGAAAAGUAGAAAGAGAUCAGAAGGCAACGAUUAUUAACACAUCUUUUAUCUGGUUGAUUAAAUAUCUUACUGACACAAUUGUAAGUGGUUUAGCUGUAAGAUUGCUACAUUGCAUCUGCGGGCAACUUCACCAUCUUUCUUAUACAUGAACUCAGAGCAUAUCUACAUGAUGCUGUGAGAUCAGGUGCUGGUUAUUGGGCAAUAUCAAACAAACGGCUGCACAUAGGAGCUUGUUUGUAACUUACGCUUUUUCAUACGGGAAAAUACAUGGUUUGGAUUUUCUACAUUGUAAUACAGAGAUUGGGAGAGCUCAAACUUUCAAUGUUGUACGAUAUACCUCAGUAUUUAUCAGUACAUGACUUCAUUGUUAGAAAAGAUUGCAUCACUUUUCUGGACAUAGCAGAAACUCAUUCAUCAAGCAA